AUGGCCAAAGUGAGAUUCUCCGUGGCUGGAGACACCACUGGUGGAGGAGCAAAACUCGAUUUGACAGUGGGAGAUAAAGUUGAGCUCGCGGUGAGUGGGAAGCUUGCCUCGGGGGUCGUGCGCUUCCUGGGCACCACCGAUUUUGCCCACGGGAACUGGGCCGGGAUCAGGUUGGAUGAACCCAUCGGCAAGAAUGACGGGACAGUUGACGGCAAGUUCUACUUUGAGUGCGAACGGGACCAUGGCCUUUUUGCUCGCCCCGACACGAUGCGAAAGAAAGCGGCAGGACCUAGACGACCACAGAAGACCCUCCCACUCCACAGUUACAAUGAAUAUAAUCAGAUCAAGCUGCGUUCAGAGGCAGAAGCAUUGGAGGUGGCGCAUGCAGAGUUAGCGCUUCAGUUUGAGGAGAGAGAAGCCGAGUAUAAAGCCGAACAAAUGCAAAAGGAGCUGAACAGGCAUCGCAGUGAGAGUGACGGACUAGAGCACAGGGCCGAAAUGAUGCAGCAAGAGCUGAGGCAGGAGCUGGCCGCAGCUCAGGAGCAAUGUGUGUUCUGGCAGCAAAUGGUUGGUUCUGACACUGAGGAGGCAGAUUUGAGAGGGCUCGAGGAGUCUAGAAAAGGAGCUGAUGAGAUGCAAAGUCGGGAAGCAGAGUUGAAGGAAGAAGUGCAGGAGGCUGUUGAGGAAAAGAGAUCAGCAGAGGAAGUGGCCAAAUCAUUGCAGGCACGAUUGGAGCAGAAGGAGAAGGAAUUGAGACGAAGGCAGGAUGAGCUAGAAGAAGCUGCGAAGGCUGCCAAUGAUGCUGGAGAAGAAGCCAGGAAGGCAAAGAUUGCACGUCAGACUACUCAGACAGAACUACAGCAAGAGGCAGAAUUGGUGCAGCAAGAGCUGAAUGCAGUGUUGUCUCAGCAACAACAUGAGCAAAGUGCAGCGCAGCGAGCAGAAGCAGAGGCAAGCAAUCUGCGCCUGGAGAUGGAAGAGGUUCAAAAGGUCAGCGAAAGUGCCAAGGCACGUGAGGGUCAGUUGGAAGCCAAGGUCCUGAAAAUGCAAGAAGACAUGUUUCUUUCUGAGGGCAAACACAAAGAAGUACAGUUCGAGGGACGACUAGAGCAGCACAAGUUUGAGGAGGAAUGUCUGAUGCUGAAAAAGCUGCUUGCAACCAGUGAACAGGCCCUGGAGGUCAAGAAAGACUUAGCCGAUUGGCAGGAUCCGUUUUCAAGAGAUCAUUCCAACGUUGCCACCCGACAAGCGGUUUCAGCCACUUUGGAAGAACAGCUGAAUGAGUCCAGACAAUGGUUUUUGCAACUGAAAAGUGAGCUUCAGAGAAAGCUCGAAGCCAUAGAGGUUGCCAAUGCAGGUUCGGCCUCUAAUUUGCAGAAAGUAAGCCAAGUAGAAGCAUUGCUCCGAAAUUUCAACUCCGAGUACCAAAAAGAUGUGAAAGGACAUCUCUCAACAUUGACUGAGAAGUUUGACAAGUCCAGACAAGAACUUGCAGAAGCGGAGAGGAAGGAAACAGAGAUAAAAAAAGAAGUGGAGGAGGCUGUUAGGGGAAGGAGAUCAGCAGAGGAAGUGGCCGAAUCAUUGCAGGCUCAAUUGAGGCAGAAGGACGAUGCUGACGAAGAAGCUAGGAAGUCGCAAUCAGAAAAGCAAGGCUUGCAGACUGAUCAAACAGAACUAGAGAAGAAAACAGAAUUGAUGCGGCAAGAGUUGAAUGCUGUUCAAGAUGAAAGUGUGAUGUGGCAGCAAAAGCUUUCGUCCAGUGAAAAUAGGAUGGCGUUUGCCCGCUCUCGCUUUCAGAAGGCGAUUGCAUCGGAAGAGGAGAUGGAAAGUCGGGAAACAGAGUUGAAGGAAGAAGUGCAAGAGGCUGUUGGAGAACAGAGAUUAGCAGAGGAAGCGGUCAAUUCAUUACAAGCACGAUUGGAGCAGAAGGAGAACGAGUUGAGACAAAGGCAGGAUAAACUGAAAGAAACUGCGAAGGCUGCCACUGAUGCUGAAGAAGAAACCCAGAAGCUGCGUUUAGAACUAGAAGCAAAGAUUGCACUUCAAACGGAAAAAACAGAACUAGAGGUGUAUGCCAAAUUGAUGCAGGAAGAGCUAAAUGCAGCUCAAGCGGAACAAGUGGCUUUGCGGCAUACUAUAGAAAGGACAGAAACUGGCGAAGGCCAUCUCAGGCAAGAACUGGCUGCGGAAAAGGCGGAGAAAUCAGCAGAGUGCAAACGCUGUCCAGCCUCCAAGGGUGAGGCCGCGCAGACCACUUUGGCUGAUGAGAAGAUGAGGAACUUGGAGGAGGCUUUGUCGAAAGCACGGUCUCAGCACGACAAGGAGCUGGCAGCUUCAAGAGGAGAGAUAGAAGCUUUAGAGCAGAAGGGCUUCCAGAAAUCUUUCUAUCGCACGCUUUCCCAGGCACAAGACAAGGAGUUGGCGGCUUUAAGAGAACAGAUCGACGUUUUGGAGCGCAGAGAGCAAAAAAGGCAAAGUGCAGAGGAGGUUUGGAGAGAGUAUGCCAUCCGAGAGUUGGUCCGACACUGCGAGGAGCGAAACGCCAGGGAUUAUUGUGCUGCGCUUGAGCGAGCUUUGGCCAUCGGAGUCCCUUUUGAGAAACUUCCUCAUGUGUACAGCAUUCAACGUGUUGGGAAGGAGCUCCAGUUGCCAGAUAUGCGCUGUGGCGUCGUCACCAUGCAGCUGUGCUUGAUAUUGGAUUACACAUCCAGCAUGAAAGAGCACGUGGAGAAUGUCAGGAUGAGCGUCGCGCAAAUCAUGGACAACAUCAGGAACUUUCAGGUACCUCUUCAGCCAUAUGCUCAUGUCGAGCUGGAGAUUGGAGCUGUUGCCUUCAACGAUUGGGACACAGGUACGGUGCAACGUGACCGACCAGUAGUCGCUGCCUUCGGUGGCAAAGAGAUCAGGAAAGAGCAUCAUGGUAGCUUGACAGAGAGCGAUUUCAACCUGGGUGGGCAGUUUACCAAGGAUUCCAACAAGAUUGUUGCAUGGAUGAACCAGGGUCUUGGAGACGGUGGUAUGAUUCCCGAGGAACUGACAGGUGCGUUGCUGGCAGCUUCUCAUCUCAAGUGGUCUGCGCACAAAAGGCUGGCAAUUGCCUUUACAAACGCCCCGUGUCACGGAAAAGACUACAGCAACGCACCCCAUGAUGACUUUUGCAACAGUGAUUCAGGAUUGACUUGCACAGGGGUUCCAGAAAAGCCUCUUGAAAGACUACGAGAUCAGGGAGUGAAGGUUUGCUUGUUCCACACAGGGCAGAAAACAGUGACCACGAUGUGCGAGAAACUACAAGAGACACUGCCAGAUUUGGUCUGUGAGAAGCUGGUUCCUACCGAGAUAGCCGCACGUGUUACUGACUUGCUGGAAGAGAACCUAAAGCUGCAGCCGUUCACAUACCUCCUGAAGCCAUUGUUAUCGUCAAAGCAGAUUUCUGAAGAUUCGCCGUUGUCGCACGACAUAAACAUUGAAGCUGGUGGGACGGCGCAGAAGCACCACAUUGGCUCGAGUCAUUUUCUCUUCUUGGGCUUUGCGGUGAACCCGGUGGUCGUCAGCUUACGCCGUCCACCAGAUCCAACAUUGGAUGCUUUUUUUCAGAGCGCCAGUGACAAAGUGCCAAUUGACGGCGUUUUUGGGGAGAAGAGCUACAUCCUGACGAUUGAGCCCAAGGAGGAGUCGGUGCUGAAGAAGGAAUAUGCCAAACACGAGUUGGGCCGUAGCUUUGACGAACAGAAUGCCAGGAACUAUCGCGCGGCGUGUGACCUAGCUCGAAGCUUUGGAGUUCCCAUUGAUGAAUUUCCUGGUGUCUAUCGCCUUUGCUGGCAGCAGCAUUGGAGUGAGAUUGCCCCCGCUCUCAUUUCAGCCGUGGAGAAGAAGCAACAGUUAGAGCCCCUCAAGUACAGCUUGGAGCUUUACGACCCAUACAACGAGAAGGCGGAGGAGGAGAUCACUUCCGACUUGAUGCCCACGCUCGAGAUUGAUGUUGAGAAGGAACAUAUUAUUCGACGGCGUAACAUUAGUGCGCAAAGUCUUCUCUUCAUCCACCACAUGAUGGACAAUGCACACCCCACGGAUCCCACAGUCUGCAGGGUGACGGUUCGAAGAGGUGCAGAUCCCAACUUGGAUCUCUUCUACCAGAGGAGUGGCACUGUUGAAGUUGAUGGCACUACAAGUCGAAGGAGCUGCGUGAUCUAUAUGGAGCCAGAGAAGGCCUACAAGCACUGCAAGGCAGACGCCACCCUCGUGAAGCACAGGAUCUCCUCGCUGUGCACAGCAACGCUUUUGUGGGGCGAUGGAAAGCCUAGCGACAAGUGCCUUAGCGAGGACAUGUGGUCACACCUUGCCUGCUCUGGGCUCUGGGCGGCUGCAGAUCAACCGUGGGCCAGAGGUCAAAUCGGAGGUCACGGGGAAGACCAGUCUGACAUGGAGCUUAGUACUACUGUGAAUGGGCAGACUCUGAAUAUUAGAUCGAAAGAGGUUGAGGGCUGCGUCUUCGACCAGAUCGAGGAUCCGGCUGCGAACAUUUCAUUCCGAAAGACCGGAAGGUUCGAAAUCUAUGUGAGCAACUACAAUCUAGAUGACGCUGAUGUACCCUUCACGGUCAUCGUGAGGAAAUCCGGCGAGGAAGAGGCCGAAUUCAAUGCAGUGUGGCCAAGGACUGGAGAGAAGAACCAACUCAUGAAGGUGUGCACCGUCGAUGUCACCACAGAGGACUUGAAAGAAAAGCCGCAGGCAAGCCGAUUGAAGGAAGAAGAACACAUCUUGGGUGCCUUGCGGGACAAGCUGAAGCCGAAUCGCGGCGGAUAGCCGUGGAGCAUGCUGCCGCUCUGAGCAAGACGCCUUCAAAGCAGUGUGUCUGCUUGGUAGGUCUGCGCAGAACAAUGCCGAUCACCCCAAAGGUAGAACAUGGACAAGUUGGCAACUUUCAUUUGGUGCAUGUGAUAUGAUGUUGGCGCAUCAUUGCGGGGAAAGGUCUCGGGCCGGUCGGCGUACCAAAGCUGCUCAAAGUGAGCAGCAUCUUAAAGACGGCAAAGUCAACAGGUCGAGUGCGAGUCUUUCCCGCAUUUUUCCACGAGACCAUGGGACCAUGGGAUGUUGAGCUGAGGCGUAGUUUUAUCGACGUGGUCGUGGG